AUGACGCCAGACGCCUUAUUCCUAUUGAUCCUAUCCGUCUGGCUUUUCAACAUCGGUUCUGCCAGCUCAACCGAUUUGCAUUCUGAACCAAACGCCACCAAAAACCACCCACACAAAAAGAGGAGGGCCGAGGACUGCGAUUGCUUCACCGUGACGGGGCCAGAUCCAGGAUACUUCCAACACUACAAGCUCUGGGACUUUCGCUCCAUUCCCGGAGUGAGACAAGCCCAUUUCAAUGCGUCAACACUGGAUGAACAGCUGGAGUCGAUCCAAUGGCCGGACUCGAUGGAGGAGGGCACUGACGAUGAGAACGACGAUGUCAGCGACGAGAAUGAAUAUCCCAACGAUGACGAGGAGGAUGAGCUUGCCAAUAAGAUGGCCAAGUCCAACGCCAAUGUUGACACUGAAGAAAGUGAGCUCGAGGCCCUGUGGUCCUUCAAGAAAGCCUUUGAAAAGGACUGGGUCAGUCAGCAAUGGCAGCGACCCAGCGGUCCUCAUGCCCCCGUCACCAUGAUCAAUUCCAAACGCAAUGUCUUCUUCGCAAAGAACCGAGAAUGGCUCGAUCAUUUGUCGACCUAUCUGGUCAUGCGCACCACUCGCCAUCGAAAUUAUACAUCCACGGCUGAAAUUGAGACCAAAGCCAGGAAUAUCUUUCACUGCUCCUUGCGCGUUCGUUUCCGCGUUCUGCCAGCCAACUUGGACUCGGAGUCUACCAUGUCCCAUUCAAACGGGAUCACUCAUUCAAAUGAAGACCUGCCAUAUCCUGGUUCCUGUGUGGGAAUCUUCACCUAUCGUGAGCCGAAUUGCGAAUCGGAUAUCGAGCUUCUUACCAAGGAUCCUCCGUCCCGGAUUCACUAUGCAAAUCAACCCGACUACGAUUUCUCCAAAGACAUGAUGAUCCCCGGGGCCAACACAGUCAUGGACCUUCCCGUUCCCUGGACCACUUGGUCUGUCCAUCGCCUCGACUGGUUGUCGAACGUCUCGCGCUGGUGGGCAGAUGGCGAGGCUCAAGACUCCAAGACAUAUCGCGUACCAGACUUGCCUAGUUGGCUGAUGAUCAAUCUCUGGAGCGACGGUGGAGUAUGGACGGGCGAUCUACCACUCGGCGACAGUGUUUUCAUGGCAAUUGAGUAUAUCGAGGUGGCGUACAACAUCUCUGCCGAUGACUGGCAAAAGUCUCCGCCACCCAUGUCCCAACGACACGGCGGACAUCAAUAUCUCGCUUCAGGGAAUGUGGCCUCUUUGGCCGAAGGGAGUCAUUGGCCAGAAGCCGACUCGGAACCCAGCGCGGAGAUCAUCGAUGGCGCCAUGUUUAAGAAAUGCAAAAAGGGCCGCAAGGGUCGCAAGUGUCGCAAGAAUCGAAAGAAGAAGAAGCAUGGCAAGAAACCCAAACACCCUCAUCAGAAACAUCGGCCCUCCCGGUGUGAACGAAUGUGCAACAUUGAUGAAUGGCAUUUUGCAAAUGGUGGUCUGAUGGGCUAA